AUGCUCCACGAGAUCCUCCUCUCCCUGUCGGGCCACCCGUCCCCCCUCCUCCGCGACGACAUAGCAGCAGCGGGGGGUGACGGAGGCGGCGCCGACGCGGGGGUCAGGGCGAACAGCGGCGCAGCAGCGGGCAUCACCCCGUCGGAGCGGCAGCUCCUAGGCACGGUAUCGCACCUGAGCGCCGUGCACGUGCGGCUGAUGACAUCGACGGCGCAGAUAGCCGACUCGCACCCGUCGGCCAUCUGCCGGGCCGUGGCGGCCGCCAUCGACUCGAUACACCUCUCUGCCUUCCAGCGACGGGUGCUGGACGUGGAGGAGAGCAUACUGCGAGGCGACGCGGACCUGGUGGGCGCGUACAACAUCGUGCCACUGACGGCCGUGGUGGGCGAGUUCCGCAGGUGGACGAGGCCGAUGGACUGGCUGUGGGAGCUGGUGCAGUUCAUGUCGGCCGCGAGCGUCGGCGCCGACGGGAGGCCCGGGCCCGCGUGCCACGCCGCCGCCGUCAUGGACAGGCUGCGCAGCGAACUGCAGAGCGGGUAUGACGACAUCGAGAGGACGGCCAUGAGCCUCGUCGAGGUGGCGGAGACGGCCUGGCUCAGGCAGGUGUCUGCCUGGAUUCUCUACGGGCGUCUGCCGAGCUUCGGCGCCGACGACUUCUUCGUGCAGCGGCGGCGGCGAGGGCAGCAUGGCGACGAUGACGAUGACGAUGGCGAGGGGGGGGAGGGCAAGAUGGAAGAAUUCGUCUGCGCGUCUUCGCUGCUGCCGUCCUUUGUCACGGCCCGCUCUGCCUCGUCCAUGCUCUUCAUCGGCAAGUCGCUCAACCACGUCAAGGUGCGCAGCACGAUGGACUCUGGCGGCCGCGGGCUGCACCACCUGUCGUCGAACCUGUCACAGCUGUCCGGGCUCAGGUUCCCGCUCGACUCGGCCGCCUUCUCGCGCGCCAUCGCCUCGGUCCGCCUCUCCCUGUCGGAGAACAUGCUGCAGAGCGUGCUGCCCGUGUCCAGGGUGACAGAGACGCUCCAGCUCCUCCGGGACUUCUUCCUCCUCGGACGCGGCGAGUUCGCCAUGGCGCUCACGCACGAGGCCGACGAGAGGAACCGCAACCGCUGGAAGAGGGCCGACCGCCUGACGCGCGACGGCGGCCUCGGGAACGUGACCGUCAAGGAGGGUGAGGUGGCCGCCGUGCUGUCGCGCACCUGGUCUGUCCUGGGUGCGCUGCAGGGCCAGCACGCCGACGAGGACGAGCAGCUCGAGCUGGCCCGGGAUCUAUUCCGUCUACAUCUAGUCAAGCCGCCGUCAUCGCCGGAAACGGCAGCAGCACCGUCCACAACCGGCCUCGUCACCCCGGAAUCCCUCCACGCCUCCCUGGCCUCGUCCCCCUUCGGCAGCCUCCUGUUCUCGGUACCCUCCCAGCUGUCCAUCCAUCUCCCGUCGCCGCUAGACAUGAUCCUCUCCCCUGCCGAUCUAGAGCUCUACUCGUGCGUAAAUGCCUACCUCCUCUCCAUCAGACGCGCGCACAUACGUCUGACGGACCUUUGGAAGAUCACGUCCCUGCGCCGACACCACCCGGCGCCCCGAGGAGCGCGCGAAGACGCCGUCGAGCUCCGCCAGCGCUGGUCCGCCCGCAUGACGACGAUGCGCAGCUCGUGGACGACGGCCAGCGCUGCCAUCUUCUUCCUCGGCGAGACGGAAGGCUACUUCCAGACUGAAGUCGUGGCUGGUCUCUGGGGAGGAUUCCACGCAUGGCUCACGGGUCCCUCCUCUUCCUCCUCCGCCUCUGCCAAGAAAGAAGAGGGGAGAGAUGUCGAAGAAGAAGGAAGAGAAGAAGAAGAAGAGAAAGAAGAAGAUUUAUGGCUCAACUCCGACUCCGAUGCCGAGACGGAGGGACCACCCUACCACGACCCGCAGACGAUAUCCACAGCUCACGCCCUGUACCUCCAGACGCUGGUAUACCGCCUCCUGCUCACGCAGCCGUGCUACACGACGGCGCUGCACGCGCUCCUGGUGCACAUAGACCACCUCGUCGCCCACGCGCACCGCCUCCACGCCAUCUUCACGGCCCUGGACCUCGAGGCCGACGCUGGCGUGGUGGACGCCUUCGUGGACCUGCACGCCGAGGAGGCAGAGGUCACGGCCUUGAUGCGCGGCGUCGAGGCCAAGGUGAAGAGGGGCAUAGCCGACGUCGUGUCCGCCCUGAGACAUCUGGAGACGGACGUGACCUUUGCCGCCGCAUGGGAGGGCGAUGGCGUAGUGGACGCCACGGCCGACUCGGCCGACUCGCGUCACUGGGCCGGCGAUAUGCGCGGUGAGUAUGCCGGGUACGAACCUGCCAGGGUCGGAGGUAUCAACCGGCUGCUGAUGAAGCUCGAAUUUGGCGGCUGGUUGGGUACCGUGGGGGAAGUUGAGUAUUAG